AUGAACGCCGCCAAGGGCAAGGGCGGCCCCACGAAAAUCAAACACAAGUCCGUGGACCGGAACUCAAUCCAGGACAUGCCCCUCACGGAGAAGGCGAGGCUCAGUCGCCUCCAGCAGCUACGGACAUCGCUGCAGCAGGCUGGGGCAGCCGAUGCAGCCCUCGGCUUCAUCGACGCGGACAUCACUGCGAUCCGCGAGACGAUGGUCGACACCCGGACGCUCGACGAGCAGCUCGCAGGCAUCGCAGGGGCAAUCACUCGAACGGAACGCCGUGCACAAGCAGCCCGGGACGCCAUGGCGCAAGCCCAGGCCGAGCUCCAGAAAGAGGAGGAACAACUGGCGCGCCACCGCCAAUCUUUGGCCGAUGUUCAGGCGAAGAUCCGCCGCGAGGCGGGCCUUUCGUCGUCUUUUCCGCCAGUGGCGGGCGCCGUCCCGCCUUGGGUCGCCAGUGCCCUGCAGGACACGGCCAACUGGCUCUGGGGGAACACAGACAAGCAGGUGCAGCCCGGGGAGAUCCCGCACCACUGGUGCGAGCGCCGCCGGGGCCCACACGGAUGGCUCUACUCCCGGGAGCAGUUCCACAGCUGGUUCGGGGCGGAGGCGGGGGAGAUCUGGGAUGCGGCCCUCGACGCGAGGAUGACAGACCAGACCAAGAGGACAGCUGAGGAGAUCUCCGUGGCGGAGGGCUCCGAGGACAUGGGGACGGACCUCAAGGAGGAGCACGUGCAGCGGAACCAAGACGUCCUGGCGGAGGUGAGCGACUCGUUCACGCCCGUCACCGGCCGCAGGCCCCUGCGGACCAAGCAAGGCGCCCCCGAGAUCUCACCGCACGCGCCCCCAACGCCACAGCUGGGGGAGCCCGGACUUCACGGGAAGCAGUCCGCUGACUUGGGGCAAAGAUGGCUUUGCCUUGCUUCGGCCAACGUCACCACGCUCAGCCCCGCUGAGUAUAGGAAGAAUGCGAAGGCCGGCAUCGACUCCACCACCCGCAUCGACUACCUGGAUGACCUCUUUCACCGCCACAGGCUCGACAUCAUCUUCGUCCAAGAAGGGCGCCUCCCCCACGAUGGCACAUCGACGGGCACUCACUACCUCCGCCACGUGGCGGCAGGCGACAAAAAUGGGAACUACGGAUCACAGAUUUGGUACCGGCAUGCCGUUUUUAAGGAUGCCACCAUGGUCUCCGAGGUGAUCAGCCCCCGCAUCAUCCUCACGCGCGUGGCCCUGGGCGACACCUUCUUCUAUGCCACCUCGGCCCACGCCCCAACCAACGUGGCCCCAGAGCAAGAGAAAUUCGCAUUCUGGAAGCUCCUCAGGGACACGCUCCAGAGCCUCCCACGCCGACGGUGCAUCGUCCUCGGAAUCGACUCGAAUGCUGACGACAAGAACACCGCCCCAGGGUCCAACCAGAUGUUCGUGCAGGAGCUCAUGGAAGAACAUGAAAAAAUCACCCCCACCUGGAGGAGCUCCCAAGGCUCACACAGGCGGCUGGACCGACUCAUUACUUUCGGGGAGGUCUGGCACCAGGCUGGCUCCUACAAGGUGCACACUGAGGAGAAUAUCUCCACGAUCGAGAGCACAGACCACUCCAUGACUACCACCAGGCUCAUGCCACGUUUCGGCAGCGCGCCGGGGCCAGAAAAGCGACCGCCCAGAAUGAAGUUCGACCCCUUCCGGUUGGAGAACCCUGGUUGCGUGGCCGCCUUCCGGGGGGCCGUCUCUUGCCUGGCCGACGUGGUUCAGGCAUCUUGGUGGAGCUCCACCGACGAGUACCUCGAAUUCAUAUCGAAGGAGCUUUAUAAGCUGCAACAGUUCUACUUCGCAGCGCCGGCACCCAAGCUACCGCGCAAGCUGCGGCUCUCGCAGGGCACCUGGGCCCUGGUCAAGACGACGCCCAACGCUCGCACGGCCUACCUUCAGGACAAGGUCAAGGCAGACCGCGAGGCCUGGACUUCGGCUCUGGCCGAGGAAGCCGCAGCCGCUGCCGACCACGGUGACGCGUCCACGCUGUGCCGCAUCGCCAAACAGCUGAGACAGGGCCAGAGGCCCAAAGGCCAUUCAUCCUUGAUCACUGAGAACGGCACGCUGCUCUUCGACCCAGAGGGCAUCGCCGCCGACUGGCUUGCGUACUGGGCUGGCUUGUACAGAGGGCAGGUCACGACCGCGGGUCAGCUCAAGUCCGCACCGCAGUGCAAUGCCGGUUACCUGGUCGGCGAGGCGCCUGCUCCACCUUUCGAUUGGCAUAGAUUCCCUGACACUUCGCCAGACCACGUCGCCGACACCAUCGCCCACCUGCCCGGCCGACGUGCCGUCGGGCCGGACGCCCUCCGCCACGACGUGGUCAAAGCAGCGGGCGAAGGCUGCCCUCGGAUGCUUUCUCCACUCUUCGAGGCAUGCCUGCUGCAGCACAGGGCCCCAGUGCACUUGAAGGGUGGAACGAGCUUCAAUAUCCACAAGAAAGGCCCGACCCACAUCAAGGACAAUGAGCGCGGAGUGGUCGCCGAGACAGCCUUCGCGAAAACCUACGCCGACCUCAUCUCCAUGCCGCUUCUGCCAUCCUACCGGGACGUGCUUGUGCCCGAGUCGCAGGCAGGGCGCGUGAAAGGACGUGGCACGGCUUCCGCAGGAGCCGCCACCGCUGGUUGGAUCUCUCGGCAUAACGCCACUCGGCGCUGCUGGGCCAUCCUUUUCCUAGACCUCAGCAGCAAGGCCUUCGACACGGUCUUCAGGGAGCUGGCCCUGGGUCCGAGGGGCGUUUCGCUCACGAAGCUCAUCCCCGCCUUGAUGCAACGAGGCGUCCCGCCUGAUGUGGCCAGCGCCGUCCACAAGUACCUCAAAGUCCACGGCCCCAGAGUGCUCGAUGGCGGAAUCGAGCCGGCGGCGGCCCAGCUGAUCGCAGAUUGGCACACUGCCACAUGGUGGCACGUGCGACCCAACGACGGACGCGACGUCACGCCAGUCACUGACGACGCGCCGGCUGCCUCGUCGACCAUCGGGGCGCGCCAGGGCGACAAGCUCGGCGCCAUCAUCUUCUAUGUCAUCUACAACAUCAUGCUGGCCGAGGUGCGCGAGAGGCUCAAGGAGCUUGACGUCUCGUCCCGCAUGGCCGCCCCCACGGAUGCCGUGCCCUGGCGCAACGUCAACCCAGAAGGCGACCUGGAGAAUAUCACCGUUGCGGACACGCCGGCACAGCUCAUCGACAACCUCACGCGGGCCGUCGACGUGUUCUACGAGGUGCUAUCUCGCUACGGCCUCAAGAUCAACUUCGGCCCGGAGAAGACGGCCAUCAUGCUGCGCCUCUUCGGAGUGGGCGCCCGCGCGGCAUACAGUCAGCUUCGAAGUGAAGCAGGCGACCAAGGGCUGGGCACCAACGCCAGGCGCUGCGGCAUCGUGCACCAUCACAAGCACGUUGGGGCGACCCUUCAGACCUCUGGGCGAUCGGUGCUCGACGCCCAGGCGAAGGCCACCAAGAUACAGAGGACUUCCGGCCCUAUGGCCCACACCGUCUUCGGCUCCUGCCACCUCUCGAAGGCGACCCGCGCUUCCCUGGCGCGCUCGCUUCUGGACUCCCAGCUCCUCUUUGGCGCAGAGCUGCGGUUGCAGGACGACCCGGUGGCCAGACGCCCCGCGCGAGCGGCCUACAUGUGA